AUGGCAGUCCAUUCAUACAUCAUUAGUAUAUUAGUUGCGUGUGUUUCUUAUUUCGUUUACCAAAAAUACACCAAUGUGUACACGAGCUAUGUUACCAAACCUGAAAAAAGAUAUGAUUACAUCAUCGUUGGAGCUGGAACAGCAGGAUGUGUCCUCGCCUCUCGGCUCUCAGAGAACCCAACAGUCAAGGUGUUGCUAAUAGAAGCUGGAGACCAUAUGAGCUAUUUCACCAAGAUACCCUUAGUUUCCACCGCUGCACAGCAAGGACCCAACGACUGGUCGGUGCACGCCACAUCGCAAAAAUACUCUUCCUUUGGAUUACGGAAUCAGGUACCAAUUAUUCCGCGUGGAAAAGGUCCUGGAGGGUCCAGCCAAAUUAACUUCCUGCUACAUGGUUUCGGCCUACCUGAAGACUACAAUAGAUGGUCGAGACUAGGCUUCAAAGGAUGGACGAUAGACGAUUUGAAGCCAUAUUUUUUUAGAGCUUUUGGGACUGUGAAAAGCGAGUUUGAUUCCGACUACUGUCCACCGAAAGGAUUGUGUUCAGAGGCACCAAUGAAACUUAAGCUCAUAGAAGAAGACAACGAAAUGUUGAAAGUGUUCAAGCAAGCAUCAUCAAAUCUAGCUGAUAGACACACGUUGUUCAGAAAAGCGACAGCGAGUGUAAAAGACGGUAGCCGAUAUCAAACCUACGAUGGUUACCUUAAACCAGCUCUCAAAAGACCUAAUUUACAUGUGCUACUCAAUACCCAAGCGAUCUCUAUCAGAUUUGAAGAUAAGAAAGCAGUAUCUCUCUAUAUUUUACAAGAUCACCGAAAUCUGGACAACAUAUUUGUUAACAAAGAAAUUAUAUUAAGCGCCGGUUCCAUAAAGACACCACAAAUAAUGAUAUUAUCAGGAAUUGGUCCGAAAAAAUUAAUAAAAAGGCUCCGGAUAGAGCAGAUAUCUGAGAACGAGCAAGUUGGUCGCAACCUCCACGACCAUAUGAACAUACCUAUAUAUGUCAGCAUCAAGAAGCCAAUCAGCAUUACGCUGGCUAAAGUAUUCAGUGUUUCAACUUUGAUAGAUUAUUUGUGGAACAAUAGUGGCUAUUUGGCAUUUCCACCUGUAGCAGGUGUCGAAUAUCGAAAUGCUUCAGCAGUAAUGUUGUUUUCUAUGGGAUCGUCUAGCGAAAGAUUACUGCGUGAUUUAUCUAACUACAAAUCCAAGGUAUUUCGGGAAUCAUUUCCUUUCCACAAUGAUACUAGUAAAGAAGGCUUCAUGUUCUUAGCGACAUGCGUACAGCCGAGGAGUAGAGGGUCUGUCACAUUGAAGGAUUCCAGCACUACCGUCCCUGUUGUGGUGGACCCUAACUAUUUGCAUCGAGAUUAUGAUAUCAAAUGUAUGAUAAAAGCGCUAAGACGAGCAGAGAGAUUAUUGUCAACCAAACCAUUUCAAGACAUAGGAGCGCGAAUCCACUGGCCGCGACCGGAGCGAUGCCUCACUUUCUGGAACUACACAAAACUCGAACAAAUGGGAUUAGUUCGAAGAAGGAAAAAAAUAAAGAAGACGACAAGUACACCCCGGAAAGCAAUUCCGAAACCGAAAGCUAAAAUUCACAGUCCACCAGACGAAUACCUCGAAUGCUUACUAAGAGAGGUGGCCGUCACUGGACACCAUGUUGCUGGUACUUGUGCUGGAGGACAAGUUGUCGACAGUGAAUUGAGAGUCAAAAACGUAAAAGGCUUACGUAUAAUGGACGCGAGUGUGUUGCCUUCACCCAUAUCCUUGUACCCCAACUCCGUCAUAAUCGCUAUGGCAGAAAAGGCUGCGGAUUUAAUAAAAAACUCUCCUUUAAUCGUU